AUGUGGAGGGACGCUGGAACUCCUGCUGAUUCGUUCUAUGAAAUCCGUCCUGAGUGUACUGAUGUACCCAAAACCCGCUUCAAAAUCAAGGCAGGCAAAACUUUAAGUGUAAGGAAAUGGCAGGCUGCAUUUUCUCCAGAAGGGCAUCUGGAUUUAGGCAAAACUUUAAGUCGAAUCUAUCGGGGGGGGAUCCAUCCAUUAAUUAGAGGAGAAGUUUGGGAAUUUCUACUUGGUUGUUUUGAUCCUAAAAGCACAUUUGAUGAAAGAGAGCAGAUGCGGCAACGUCGAAGAGUGGAAUAUGCUAGGUGGAAGGAAGAUUGCCGUCAAAUGUUUCCUGUUGUUGGAAGUGGUAGGUUUAUCACUGCCCCUGUAAUCAGUGAAGACGGUCAGCCCAUUCAGGAUCCCUUAGUGCUUUCACAAAUGAAUCCAGACAAGGGAGCUGAUGGUAACCGUGCUAAUGGUAUAGAACCGGUGACAGACAAGAAAGUAAUCCAGUGGAUGCUUACUCUACAUCAAAUAGGUCUUGAUGUGGUUCGCACUGACAGGACACUGGUGUUUUAUGAGAAGCAAGAACACUUAUCAAAACUUUGGGAUAUUCUAGCUGUUUAUGCCUGGAUAGAUACAGAUGUGGGCUAUUGUCAAGGAAUGAGUGAUCUUUGCUCCCCCAUGAUUAUCCUUCUUGAAGAUGAAGCAGAUGCAUUUUGGUGCUUUGAACGCUUGAUGCGCAGACUGCGAGGAAAUUUCAGAUGUACCGAUAGUUCUGUUGGGGUGGAGGCACAACUAAAUAAUCUAGCUUCAAUUACUCAAGUCAUUGAUCCAAAACUUCAUCAGCACUUAGAGACACUAGGUGGAGGCGACUAUUUAUUUGCUUUCCGGAUGCUUAUGGUUUUGUUCCGUCGAGAAUUCUCCUUUUGUGAUUCUUUAUACCUUUGGGAGAUGAUGUGGGCUCUUGAAUACGACCCUGAGUUAUUCAGUGUGUACGAAGAGUCUGAUACUGAUAGUGAAAAGGCCGAAGGAUCUAAGGGAAAAGCAAAGUCAAUACGUCAGUGUGGGAAGUAUGAGAGGGAAAAUAUGAAAAGUGGAGCAAACAAUUCAGAAGCACCGCUCCCAAUAUCUGUUUUCCUAGUUGCCAGUGUCUUGAAAGAUAAGAGCUCAAAGCUACUUACAGAAGCUCGGGGUCUGGAUGAUGUUGUUAAGAUAUUGAAUGACAUGACUGGAAAUUUAGAUGCCAAAAAAGCUUGCACUGGAGCAAUGAAACUUCACAAAAAAUAUCUAAAAAAGGGCUGGGCACAGUAUGAUAUGACACGAGAUGGAGGUCAUCUCGGUGUCAAUCCCGAAUAG